AUGGAUUAUCGCAUAAAAGGCAACGAAGCAGUAAAACGCGGUGACUACUUAACUGCCUAUUACGAAUACAACAAAGGGCUCGUCAAAUCCCCCAAAGAUCCGACACUAUGGUGUAACAGAGCCUACGUAUUUCUCAAACUAGGAUACCCAGAACUAACACUAAUGGACACCAAACGCGUCUCAAACAUCCUCGCCGAAACCAAUCCCUCUUCCUUUUCAAACACACACCAAAUUCUUGGUUUCAAAGCAGCCUAUCGCCAAGGCGAAGCAUACACACAACUAAAACUCUACAAACUCGCAAUAAAUAAAUUCAACGGAUUACUAAUGUCACUAUCGAUGAAUUUGUUGAACGAGGACGUGCAAGUGGAUCGUGUUUCGUUGGAGACUAAACGUGAUUUCUGUGUGGAUCAGGACAAAAAACUGUCGAAAGAAUUUAAGAAUUAUCAGAAAUUUGGAGGGGAUGCGGGCGAGUUUCGAUUCAAUGUGGGGUAUAUGUGGGAUACGCGACCAGAGAGUCGUGGAACCGAGGCCACGCGUCAAGCGUUACAAAAAAGCGCGAAAUCGAUUUCGUUGAAAGAAUUGAAACUUGAUCGCAUUGAUUUUCAAGAAUCGCAAUACAAGUCGAGUUCCAGCGGCAAUAACGGUCAUCAAUAUAACAAUAAUGGUGACGGAAAAAAGAAUAUCGAAAGAUCCCAGAUUCAACUCGGUGUUUUCUCAGGAUCAUUUAUCGAAGCUGGUGAAGUAAUUUUCCAAGAAGAUAGUUUUCUCUGUGUCCACAACCAUUUCACACCACGCUGUGACUACUGUAAUCGCCCACUACAAUCCGGACAAAUAGUUCCAUGUGACAAUUAUUUAUGCCAAGAAAUAUUUUGCAGCACACAAUGUUACAGUUUAGCACUCGCGAAAUACCAUCGCCAACUGUGCGGUAAAGAGAUUGGUAACAUUCUCGAAGGCACACAAAAAGGAAUGUCGAAUAGCUCUCUGGCAUAUCUUCUAGUUCUCAAAGUAUUUGCCGUAGCAAAAACACGGUCCGUUCACCCGCUCGAUAUUCCCGAAAUGACGCAUCUUGUGCGGUACCAACUACCAUCGGAACUAGGGCUGUCAUUCAACGCAAACUGGACACAAAUAUACCAAGAAACACUAGAUAUUUUAGGAAUUUCGGUGUACGACGACCUGCGAUACGAUUUCUGGGUGUAUGUGACGUGUUUGACCACUUUAGGAUGUAAUAUUUUCGGAGGCAAGGAUGAUCACGGGAGACCUGAUACCGCAUCGUUGUUUCCACAGUUGGCUACCUUUUUAAAUCAUAGUUGUGAUCCGAAUGUUGAGCAUGGGAAUGUAACGGUUGAUUCGCGUUUUUGGAGUCGUCAUGUGUUUAGGGCGAGGAAGUGUAUUCAGGAAUAUGAGCAGAUUUUUAUUUCGUAUGUGGAUAUGAAUUUUUGUAAGGAGGAUCGUAUGACGAAUCUUUCUUACUAUGGGUUUAAAUGUAAUUGUGAGAAAUGUAAAGAAUUGACUUUUGGUACAUGUAUAUAG